AUGCCUGGAGGGGCAUCAAUGCCAAGUAAUAAACCAAAGGUCCUUGUGAAAGCUAAGGUUUAUGCCAUUACACCAGGAGAGGUAGAUUUACAAGCCGACAAGACUGCAGAAGUAGGAGUGAUUACUGGUAAGGUUAGAUUGAAACAAUUUUCGAUGUGUGCUCUAUUUGAUUCUAAAGCAUCAAGAUCAUUUAUCUCUAGUAAUUGUGUACGACGAUGUGAGCUCAAGGCUGAGCUAAUGCCUCAAAAAGUGUUAGUGGCUAUCCCAUACGAGAAGAUUAUUGGGUGCACGAGUAUAGUUAAGAAUUGCCAGUUGGAGAUCGCAAAUUUGGUUCUAACCAUGGAUUUGAUUGUCUUCCGUAUUAUGGAAUUCAAUUUAAUCCUAGGAAUGGACUGGUUAUUGAGACACUAUGCCAAGAUAGACUGCCAUAGUUAG